CUCCGAAUCAUCGUCAAUGGCGACAGAGUCCCCGACCUCUGUUCGUAAAGUUGUUGUUCAUCUAAGAGCUACUGGAGGCGCUCCUAUACUCAAACAAUCUAAAUUCAAGAUUCCAGGAACUGAUAAAUUUGCUAAAGUGAUUGACUUUUUAAGAAGACAGCUUCAUUCUGACUCAUUGUUUGUCUAUGUGAACAGUGCUUUCUCUCCAAACCCUGAUGAAUCAGUAAACGAUCUUUACAAUAACUUUGGCAUUGAUGGUAAACUGGUGGUUAACUAUGCUUUUUCAAUGGCAUGGGGGUAAAGCCGAAUACUACUACUAGUGUUCUCAGGCCGUGGUCGUCCUAGAUGCUCUCGCUUUCUUGGAAAGAUGACUUUCAGAUGGAAUUUGCUGUGUACAUAAUCUAUCAUUUGUGAUUUCAUCCUAAAUAUUACAUGUACAUAAAGACCUUAUCAAACUUCACAAUACUCUAAUGUCUGUAUUUUUUAUUGGGGUCGCUUUUGGCAUUCAGAAUCAGGAAAUAGAUGGAGUAUAAUGCAAUGAACU